UUUUUCUACAACUCGCUAUUUUGAUGUACAGUAAAACGUCAGGAAUAUUAAUAAUUUAAUGUGCUCGAUGUGGAAUCGAGAAACAGUGCAUUUAAUUUUAUGGUUAAUAAUAUCUAAUAUUGGAAUCACGUUGAUAGAAUUUCGUUCAAAUAAAACAAUUUUACGAUUUAGUUUUGCUACUCGCCAACAGAUGUCUCUUUAAUAAAAUAUGAAGAGUGUUUCCGUAUAGUUUCUAAGUUCGUCCAGAAAAUGCAAGAAUAAUGUAGAUGGCGUCGUUUCAUUCUGGACUUGGAAACAUCUCGAAAUUUAUUCUUUUAAACAUCAAUAGGUGGCGGUGGCAUCGGAUACGUAUAAAUACCUGACUUGCGCGACCCUGAUUCAGUUGUUUAUUGAGAGAUACUCUGAGAUAAGCGCUUGAAUUUUAUAAAACGAACUAGUAGCGAACUAACAAAAAACGAUGUCAAUUUUGCCAUACGUGUACGAUUUGGAGAGACCAUUUCGUCUGAUGGAUCGAGAACUCUUCGGCCCGCAGGAUUUCUACAGGAUGUCGCCUUUCAACCAAUCGAUGCAUCGUGACCGCUACAGAAUGUCUCCGUACAAUCAAUUUCGCGACGUCUUUGAACCGCAGUUUUACAGACCCUGGGAAAAUACUUUGCGACAAAUAGAAAACGUAAUGAAACCGAUCGAGCAGCUGACUUCGGCGAUGAAUCAAAUGGCGCUUCAGGAGAUGGGCUCUAAAAUCACAUCCAACGACGAGAAGUUUCAGGUCAAUAUCGACGUACAACAUUUUUCACCGGAUGAAAUAAAUGUGAAGGUAGUCGACGGACACGUCGUGGUGGAAGGGAAACACGAGGAGAAGCAGGAUCAGCACGGGUAUGUGUCGAGACAGUUCAUCAGACGAUACGCGCUACCACAAGGCUGUUUACCAGACACGGUGGAAUCGAAGCUGUCUUCUGACGGUGUCCUGACGGUCACUGCACCUAAGGUGCUAGCCUUACCUUCGACUGGUGAAAAGAUUGUUCCAAUAACACAUACUGGUCCUGUGAUGAAGAAGGUCGGAUCUCAGGAGCCUUCAGCUGUCGCUGUGUAGUAGGAUUUAUCCAAUGUAAUUUUGAUUAUUUUAAGACUGAUUCUGAUCUGUGCUGCAGGAGGUACUUGUAAACUUUUUUCAAUAAAUUGUUUUAUUUUUA